UCUAAUAGACUCUAAAUUAUCAAAUAAAAAUAUCCUAGAAAAAUAUAUGACUUGUUCAACCGAUCAACACUACACUCAUCCAACCACCUAUUAGUCUAUUACUUUUCCUUUAAAUUAAUCUCCCACAAAUUCACAAUUCAUGUUUGAACCCAAAUUUUGAACCCUUAAAAAGAAAUACAAGUAAAUUGGUAAGUUCAUCUUUCUUUUCUUGUUGAAAGAAAGGGACAAAACAAACAAACCCACAAAAAAUGCCCGGGAACCCAAUGUCACUCGGACCCUCAAAUUUCGGGCCAAACUUUAUCAACACAUGGUUCUCUUCUUUCCGGGGAACCCAUUUCCGGUUAAUCGGAGCUCCGACUACUCUCCGGCGCACGUUAGCUGCUACCCAUUCUAUUAGCUAUAAUAAGCUUGUGAGAGCGAAUAUCACUAGCCCAGUUUCAAUCUCUAAGAGUGAGACUGUUGCUUCUUCUACCACUACCUCUGUUAAUGGAUAUCCAGAAUAUAGCCGCUUACUACCCUGUCCAUCAACAAAUCUGUCACCAAGAAUAGAGCACCUGGUUGUCUUGGAAAAAAGCCCUGUUUGUGAAUACAUUAGCAAAAGUUUGGAUCUUCCACCAUUGUACGUUGCAGAUCUCAUCCAUUUCGGAGCUGUAUAUUAUGCACUUAUAUGUCCAGACCCUCCUGUAACAGCUACCCCUGAACAAGUUCAACUGUAUCAACAAUUUACAUCUCCUGAACUACUAUUACAUAGACGUUCAAUCAAGGGAAAAACUUUCCGAGAAGCUCAAAAAACCUUCCGAGUAACUUGCACAGAGGAAUCCUUUGAAGUAGGAACUUACUUGCGCAUUCAUGUACACCCAAAACGCUUCCCAAGGUGCUAUGAAAUUGAUUGGAAGUCAAGGAUUAUAGCUGUUACUGAAUCCUAUGUGGUUCUGGACAAACCUGCUGGCACCUCAGUUGGAGGGUCUUCAGAUAACAUUGAAGAAUGCUGUGCAACUUUUGCCACUCGUGCCCUGGGAUUGACUUAUCCACUCCUUACUACACAUCAAAUUGAUAAUUGUACUGAAGGAUGUGUUGUGUUGGCCAGAAAUAAGAAGUACUGCUCAACUUUUCACAAAAAGAUUAGAGAUAAAAUGGUUAAGAAGCUCUACCUUGCACUUGCUGCAGCACCAGUACCUCGUGGAAUAUAUACCCAUUACAUGCGUCCUUUUAAUUUUGCUCCACGACUUAUAUCAGAAGAGUAUAUUGAUAGAUGGCUCUUAUGCCAGCUGGAAGUAUUGGAUUGUAAGGAAGUUCCUUGGCCGAACUCUUCCAUCAGAGAAAAGUAUCAAAUUGAAGACUGUGGAUGGCCUGUAGAGAAUUUGGCUUACGAGUGUACUGUUGACCUUUUGACUGGCCGGACUCACCAGAUUCGAGCACAAUUUGCUGCUUGUGGGGCACCUAUAAUUGGUGAUUCUAUGUACAUGCCAGCUUCUCUUGCAGAAAAAGCCACCCCAAACAUUAAUCCUCUUGGAAAAUGUAAAGAAGAAUAUACUAGUGAGGAUGAAAAAAAUAUUGCUAUUGAUAAUUGGAUUGCUUUGCAUGGAAAGGAACCCACUGUUGCUAUUGGUCUUCGAGCUUGUCAAAUCUCUUGGGACAGCGGUGAGCAUAUCUACAACGCUGGGUCGCCGUGGUGGAGAUGAGAUUAUUUUGUGACUCAUGUGCCCUCUUUAAUCACAAUGAAGAAAUUCUAAUACAGAGCUGUAAUCCAGAUGUAUAGCAGCUCCAUUAAUGGAUAAAUCAUUGCGUGCCAUAAGGCCCAUAACAAAGGGCUCCUUUUAAAUCACAUUUUCGACAUCUAGAAAGCGAUGCAGGCAAUUAACUACUGAAGUAUCCAUCAACUGCUAAGAUACAGAACGGGACUAGGCACAGGCACUUCACCUUGCCUCUGAAGAUUGUGAAGCACAAAUCAGAAAAUUCUGAAUCAUUUCUGAAUGAUAUGGAAUUUCUCUGAAGAUCUGCAUUUAAGAGUUCUUCUGGAUUAAGGUCUGAUUUCCGAACUUAAUAAGCUUUGUUAAUGUUAAAUUUCGUAAAGAGAUUGAAAAAUUCUCUGACUGCACUUUCAGAUGAAAUUGUAGUUUCUUCUGUCCAUUUUUGAGUAGUAACAGUUAACUUGUAACAUGAAACUGAUGCAACCUAUAUUUAUAGAUUUCAAAUUUGAAUUGCUGGUGAUAAUAGAACUGACCAAUAACCGUGUAGCAUUUACCAGCUUAUGUAUAAGCAAGAUGAUAAGAUCCAUGUUAUCACGCAUCUGUGGAUGUAGGAGGCUUUUUUGCCGAGUAGUUCUGCAAAUCGCAAUAUAGUGUAAUGAAGUUUUUAGCGUCAAAACUUUGGCACAUGAUGCAUGUGAAACCCGCAUCACCUUAUAGCUGAUGAAUGACAAGUACUUUUUGUUGGGUGGAUCAUAUUAAUAUACGAAGUAUUAUCUUAGUAUA